AUGUCAACCUCAACAUCAUCCAAGCCGCCAUCAUCCUUCUGGAAAGGCAAGGCCAAAGCCUCAGAAUCCGAUUCUGCAAAUGAAGACUUCAGCGACCUCAACCCUCCCAUAACCUAUCGCCACCUCCAUUCCCCUCCCAUCGGUGCUCGCGAUCCCCUUCGCGUCAUCGCGCUCUGCGACAGCGACGCGUUCUAUGCUGCAUGCGAGCGACGCAGACUUGGAAUCGACCCAGAGAAACCGUUCGUGGUGCGACAGUGGGAUGCGCUCAUUGCUGUGAAUUAUCCGGCGCGGAAGUUUGGGAUUACGAGAAUGGCGAAGGUGGCGGAUGCGUUGAAGAAGUGUCCGGAGUUGGUGGUGGUUCACGUCGCGACAUAUAAGGAGGGGGAUCCUGAGCCUGGGUACUGGGACAAGCCUGAUACCCGUACACAUAAGGUCUCACUGGAUCAUUAUCGACGAGAGAGUGCUAAGAUUAUUACAAUAUUUAAAGAAGGCCUUCCCGAGGGAGAAAUAGAGAAGGCCUCCAUUGAUGAAGCCUUCAUUGACUUCAGCCGGCCUGUACGGAAGAUCCUUCUCGAACGAUACCCACACCUUGCUACAGUACCACCCGAUGCUCCCGAUGGACUUGAUACCGUCCUUCCCCCUCCACCACCAAUAACCUGGGACAGCAAGAGCAAUAUCAUACCCAUCUAUCCCUCGAAGUCCUCCGAAACUGUGGUAGAUGCUCCGGAAACAGAUAGAGAGGCUGAAUCGCAUAAAGAAGACAAGGACGUGGAACCUGCGCCGACAUGGCAUGAUGUGGCCCUGUCCAUAGCGGCCGAGUUGAUGGACAAAAUACGAGGUGACGUCCGCGAACAGCUUGGGUAUACCACCUCGGCAGGUAUAGCUCGAAACAAGUUUCUGGCGAAGUUGACUGCGUCAUAUAGGAAGUACGACAGCCAAAGCGUCCUCCGAAAUGCCGCAAUACCCAACUAUCUACAGCCUAUGCAAUUUCAGAAGAUUCGUUUUCUAGGCGGAAAGCUUGGGAAAGCUCUGGCAGACGAGUACGACGUGUCUACUGUGGGCGAUCUGUUGACGAUCAGCUUAGAGGAGAUGCAGCGCAAGUUCGGCGAGGAGUCGAUAUGGGUCUAUGAGAUUCUGCGAGGAAUCGAUAGAUCUGAGGUCAAAGAGAAGCCAUCCAUGGCAAAGUCGAUGAUGGCGUCGAAGAACCUACCACGCCCGAUCACUACCGUCGCCGAAGGACCUCACUGGCUCCGUGUUCUUGCGGCAGAACUCGCGUUGCGACUGAACGAAGCACGAAUGGAGCACGACGUGUGGCCGAAGACUAUAGUCGUGCAUAUACGAAGUGGGUGGGAGCCCUCACGAUCGCGGCAAACUGCCUUCGCUUUCACCAAGAACCUCACCGUUGACGUUGUCGUGGCCGCGGGAACUAAACUCUGGAAAGAGCUCGUCGGAUCACCGAACGGUAAACCGGACGUGCCCAUCAAUGUUCGUCAUAUCGCGAUGGGCUUCACAGGAGUCGAGGCGGUAGAGCAUGGACAGAAGGGCAUUGAGGCGUUUCUUCAUGCUCGGCCGCCUGGGAGUGCUGGUGAAGGCAGCAAGGAUGAGGUCAAGUCGAAGCCAUCGUCAUCUUCGGCAGCAACGGUACUCAAGCGGAAACGAUCGUCGUCGCCGGGUCCAUCUGGUUCGAGUUCCAAGUUGAAGACUAGCGAAGACGAUGCCCCGUCAAAUGCUACAGACGAUAUCAACGUUCCACAGGACAACUCAAGUGAAUCGCCUUCGACACAUUCCUUCAUGUGCGAUCGAUGUCGGAAACGUAUCUCUCUGGAGGGCGACGCCGACGAUAUGUCCUAUACUCCCUCGGAACGCGAAGAAAAACUGGCUAGGCUGCGCUCCGAACACGACGACUACCACGUCGCACUCGAACUCUCUAGAGCUAGCGGACCGAGUCUUACCAUCUCGUCGAACCUCAGGCCUAAUUUACAGAGUAAGGAUCAUAGCGCAAAGCAGCCCAAGAAGAAGACGAAGACAGCGAAGAAAAGUGAGGGCGGGAAGAAGGGUGUCGCUGAGGAGGGGAUUGCGAAGUUCUUCGUGAAGAAGGGCUGAGUUUUUGUUGUAUGAGUGGAUGGGUGGUUGUAGAGCAGGAUUUACAUGCGGC